CUCGGCGCAGUCAUUUGAAGAAGGAAACCCGAAUCAUGAGUGGAAGAGGCAAGGGAGGAAAAGGACUGGGGAAAGGAGGCGCUAAGCGUCACCGCAAAGUGCUCCGUGAUAACAUCCAGGGCAUCACCAAACCCGCCAUCCGUCGUCUGGCCCGCCGCGGUGGAGUCAAGCGGAUCUCCGGUCUGAUCUACGAGGAGACCCGCGGGGUGCUCAAGGUCUUCCUGGAGAACGUGAUCCGCGAUGCCGUCACCUACACCGAGCACGCCAAGAGGAAGACCGUCACCGCCAUGGACGUGGUGUACGCUCUGAAGAGGCAGGGCCGCACCCUGUACGGCUUCGGAGGCUAAACCUGAUCCUGACCCGCUGAUCCUCAAACACAAAGGUCCUUUUAAGGGCCACACACUUCAUCUAAAGAGUCUAUCCUGUCCUUGCAUUGCCUAGAUGAAUACAAAGUAUAUGUUUAA